AUGGCGGAUCCGAGCAGCACAGCCGUGGCGGGGGCCUCAGGCUCCAGCAGCAGCACUGAGGCAGGCUCCGUUGCGCAGGAUGGAGCCCCGAACAGGGGGGCCAAGCCCGUGUGCGAGUCUGUGAAGGGACAGAUCUUUGAUGUGGGUCCCCGCUAUACUAACCUGUCCUAUAUCGGGGAAGGGGCUUAUGGGAUGGUGUGCUCUGCUAUGGAUAAUGUGACAAACCAGCGUGUGGCUAUCAAAAAGAUCAGCCCCUUUGAGCACCAGACAUACUGCCAGCGCACCCUGAGAGAAAUCAAGAUUCUACUUCGUUUCUACCAUGAGAACAUCAUCGGCAUCAAUGACAUCCUCAGGGCACGGCAGAUUGACAGCAUGAGAGAUGUUUACAUUGUGCAGACUUUGAUGGAAACCGACCUGUACAAGCUGCUGAAGAGCCAGAGACUGAGCAACGACCAUGUCUGCUACUUCCUGUACCAGAUCCUGCGAGGGCUCAAGUACAUCCACUCUGCCAACGUGCUGCACCGUGAUCUCAAGCCCUCCAACCUGCUCAUCAACACCACUUGUGACCUCAAGAUUUGUGACUUCGGCUUGGCCAGAAUAGCAGAUCCAGAACAUGACCACACGGGUUUCCUGACAGAGUACGUGGCUACACGUUGGUACAGAGCUCCAGAGAUUAUGCUCAACUCCAAGGGCUACUCCAAAUCAAUUGACAUUUGGUCUGUUGGCUGCAUCCUGGCUGAGAUGUUAUCCAACAAGCCCAUCUUUCCUGGGAAACACUACUUGGAUCAGCUCAAUCAUAUAUUGGGUGUUCUUGGGUCUCCUUCACAAGAAGAUUUGAACUGCAUCAUCAACAUGAAGGCUAGGAGCUAUCUGCAGUCACUUCCUGAAAAACCCAAGAUCCCCUGGGAGAAGCUCUUUUACAAAGCAGACUCCAAAGCUUUGGACCUUCUGGGACGCAUGCUGACUUUUAACCCCAACAAGCGCAUCACUGUUGAGGAGGCUCUGGCACAUCCUUACCUGGAGCAGUACUAUGACCCCACAGAUGAGCCGGUGGCCGAGGAGCCCUUCACCUUCACCAUGGAAUUAGAUGACCUUCCCAAGGAGCGGCUGAAGGAACUGAUCUAUGAAGAAACUGCUCGUUUCCAGGAGACCUACCAAGGUUCCUGA